CCACAGCGCGUGCGCAGACUUCAUGCGGACUAGUAUUUAUGUUAGCGUUUUGUGCCGGACACAGUCAUGUUGCCCAUGUAAUACAUAAAUCUAAGAAAUACUUUACAUAAAUUAAUUUACAUUAAAACGUGCAGUUUAGCUCUUUUCUGAAAUGGCAAACGAUGGUGCAGCGAAACUGUCUAAAAAUCUCCUGCGAAUGAAGUUCAUGCAGAGAGGCUUAGAUGCAGAGGUGAAAAAGCAGCUGGAUGAGGAGGAGAAGAGGAUCAUCAGUGAUGAUCACUGGUUCCUGGACCUUCCUGAGCUCAAGGCCAAAGAAAACCACAUCAUCGAGGAGAGAAGUUACGUUCCCUGCGAGGAUUUGGUUUAUGGCAGAAUGUCAUUCAAAGGCUUCAAUCCUGAUGUUCAGAAGUUAAUGUUGCUAAUGAACGCACACAAAGAGGAGGAGGAGGACGACGAGGAGGACGAGACACUGAGCAGGAUGGAAACCGAUAUCACAGACGAAGAGAUGGCUAGAAGAUAUGAAAGUUUGGUUGGGAGCAUGAGGAAAAAGUUUGCCAAGAAACGAGAUCGCUCCGCUAUUACAAGGACCGAAGAAGACGUCAACUGCAAUAUUGCCGAUUAUCCACCUAAACGGGCCUUCAUGAAGCCUCAGGACUGACACAUGUUUUUUUUUUUUUUUUUGUAUUAUUAUACAAUGGACAUUUUUUUUAAGGUCUUCUUUUUAAAAAAAACUAUUUAGUGAUGACAAAUGCAUUGUUAAAAGAUCAUCGUUUUUUAUGGAAAGGGUACUAGUGUACAGAUGUGUGUACAGAAGGUGUGAUUCAUACAUUUUUUUUCACAAUUAAAUGUACCGUCAUAAAAGUUGUAAAAUCCUGA